AUGGCAUCUGUUUUCACCUACGACCCGGAUCCCCCGCGGGUCUCCUCGCCAUGGUCCACCUCAGGAUCUUCAACUCCGCAAGUGGCUUUAGCUGGCAAUCGAACCGUGGCCGCCCGCACCCGCUCCAGCACGAACUUGGACAGUGCAGGGCAUGAUUUCCUUUCUGACUACGGAAUCUCGAAACUGGAGCCUGAGCCCCAAGAAGGUCCCACGGAGUAUAAGCUACAUCUCCUUCUACGUCCUCGGCGUCCCUAUACUUCAAUGUCCACGGGCCACCUCGUGGGUGGGUCUUACCAUUCCCGCGCAAGCUUGUCCACAUCUGGCCCCGCACCCGCAGCAUCCUCUGUAGAGGAGCAGAGCCUGAGGUUGCCUCAAAGCCGCUCGAUAGACAGCCGUCAACAGCGCUUGCAGCAGCUGACAACCCAGUUGCUAUGGCGUCUACAGCAAUCGUCGCCGUUCCAUUCUUCUACUACGGCCAAUCUGGUGCUUCCUGUUCUGCCAGAAGCAACGCCGAGGUUGGGGGCAACACAGAAACCAUCGCGCCUGCUUCCUGGUCUUGAAGAAAGUCAGGGUGCACUCUAUGAGAUUGGGGUCGCCGAUGACGGGACGUUUGUAGGGCUUAUCCAUGACGAGCUAGAGGAGAGCUUGUCCAAUUUGCAAGCCAUGGCUGCCAGUCUGGGUUGCAAAGUGGAAGUUCUUCGCAGGGUAGUCGUCGGCGAUUGCGAAUGGGUUGAAGACUCAGGCGCUGAGGACGCCAAUCUAGGCAAAGUGCAUGCUGAAGAUCUCUGGGUUGCGGAAGCGUUGGUUAGUCCAGACUGGGACUACUACCGUGCAGAACUGUCUAUCACUGAAUCUUUUGAGAAGAUGUCGACAUCAGAUGCCGCUCCGCAGUCCAUACCGGACGGGUACGCGUCCAGCACCAGUCAGAUUCGAAUCUCUAUCGCAGGGCCAAACACUGUCGGCAAAUCCUCCCUUCUGGGCACGCUCACAUCGUCUGUCUUGGACAAUGGAAGGGGAACGAGUAGACUGGGCCUACUGAAACACAGACACGAAAUUUCAUCUGGUGUAACCAGCUCUGUUGCGCACGAGCUUAUCGGCUACGCCCCAACGGCAUCCACCGAUGGCUUUGAUGUGGUCAACUAUGCCUCGGGGAACGUCGCAGCAUGGGACGAUAUUCACGCCGCUUCAGAGGGUGGCCGUUUAGCCUUCGUCUCUGAUCUUCCUGGCUCGGUGCGUUAUCUGAAGUCCACGUUAAGGGGACUGGUUAGUUGGGCUCCUCAUUACGUUUUCCUUUGCAUUGCUGCCACCUGCGAGGAAGAAUCUUCUCUCAGCCUUGGCAUCGACUCUUCGGAACAGCCAGUGGAUAUCAAUUUGGCGAUGUCGUACCUGGGGCUCUGCAACAAGUUAAACAUCCCGGUUGUCGUGGUUAUUACUAAGAUGGACCUUGCCUCUCGAGCCGGUCUGAGACAAAUUCUCGCCAAAGUAUUAUCGGCAUUGAAAGUCUCUGGCAAAAAGCCAGCCAUGCUUCCUGUACAAUCUAACCCUUCUGCGAAAGGUGUAGACCUGCAGCGCAUCAAGUCGGCAGAUGCAGAAGAAGUGAGGAAACUCAUAGACAAAACUCAUGAUUGGGCUACAACAGUGCCAAUUGUACUCACAAGUGCUGUUGAUGGCUCAGGCAUAGACAAACUUCAUGCCUUGCUUCGCAAUCUGCCCAUUCCGUCCAGGCCACCUCUCAGGACCAUUAGCAUGCCGAAGUCACUACAAGUUCCUCAGCUCCCAGCGAGCGUGUUUGAUGUUGACGAGGUUUUCGCCAUUCCACCGUCAAAGGUAUAUUCAGAACAGUGCCAACAGAAUCACGGUGUGGUUCUCUGUGGCUUAGUCCGUUACGGCUCUGUAUCUGUUGGUGAUGAGUUGGUCAUUGGGCCUGUCGUAUCCACCGCGCCAUUGGAAAAUGGAAGCAGUCCAAGCUCUCAGAGGCUUCGUCCAGACCGUCAUUCUUCGCAGUACGGCUCGUACCGCAGCCGACCCUCGUCUGGAGAUUUUUCAAACUCAAUCCCCUUGGGUUCAUACCCGGGGAAAGUUUCUUCACCAGCCCAAAUGCUAUGGCAACAGGUUCGGGUUGUCAGUGUUCGCAAUCUUCGGCUGUCAGUCCAGAAAUUGACCGAGGACCAAGUGGGAACAAUCGGAAUCGAGCCUUUGAGUGCCACGCCCGCCGAGCAACCUCCGCGCCUGGGAAAGUUCCGGAAGGGUGCCAUUCUAGCCAGCAUGCCAAUAUCUCCUGAGUCCUGUCCUUUGCUACCCAUUACUGGCUUUAUAGCAAGUUUCCCCUCCAGCGAGUUCGCGUCAUCCCUAUCUCCUCCAGUUUUGCUAGGUGGCAAUGCGAUAGCGUACAUCGCAAACGUUCGAACGACGGUGAAAUUGACAUGUAUGGCUCUGGCUGGCGAUGAGAUCUUCUCGUCUCCACCGUCGCCUGCGGAGUCAGAGUUCUUCAACUUUGACCCUGAGUCGCCGAGCAAGCCGGAUGUGAACGAAGUGGUUAGCUCCUCUGAGCCUACCCCGCAAGGCUCAAUCGAUAUAACAUUCUCGUUCGUCGCGUCUGCUGAGUGGGUUGAAGUCGGGUCCCAGGUUUUGCUUAUGCCGGGAGCGUCAGCUGCGUUGGCAUCUGUAGAGGGUUCCACCUCGCCCUCCGGCGUGGAGGGUUUCGUCGGUCAUGUUUGUGAAGUACUCUACACUAAAGAGGGUGCAAGCUGA